AUGUCUGAUCCAGCUUUGGUUCCAUUUCAGUUCGACUCUGACACUGAACAUCCAUUAGGACAUUAUCUUGACGAUCUUAGUUAUGAUGGAACAAUACCUGAUGAAGAUAUUUAUGAUGCUAUUAAUGAUGAAACUUUUGGAGUUGAAACUUCAUUAAUUUCUGCAGAAGAAAGUGAUUUGGCUGAUUUUGCAAUUCGGACAGCAAAUUUGGCCCUCGAUGAUUCGCCCACUACAUCAUCAAAGCCGCCAGAUCCUAGCCUAAUACCUAUUCCUCAAAUGGGAAGUGAUCAUUGUUUACAUUUUGUUUCUUCGACUGCUGCUGAACGAGGGGCAGAUUUUAAUAAACCUGUUAGAGACCGAAUGUUUUAUGAUCGAUCAAAGAAUACAAACAGUUCUAAUGCGGACAUUGAUCUAUCUCCUUCAAUAUGGGGAACUGGAACAUUUAAUGGAAUAAAUUCUCUAUUGGAUAUUUACAAAGGACAACAAACGUUCUCGCAUCCAAUGUAUGAAUCGUCCAAUUUUAAUAUAUCACCCAAAUCAAAGUCAUCAAGAACAGAUAAAAAGUCACCCUCUCCAUUAACUAAUCUCUGGCCCCAAUUUGCACAUGAAGGAACAUUUCCUGCAAUGUUUGGCUCUGAUUUGGAAAGCAAGUUCCUAAGGGAGGCAAUUUCCGAUUCUGACGACGUUGUCGCACAAUGUGCUUCUCCAACUCCUAUUAGUGCCAAUGAUUUGGAAAGGAAAUUACUUGAAGAAUCAAUGAGGAAUUCUUUGAUUGAACACGGUCAAAAACAAAAAGAAUUGUCAAUUCAAUGCUUACAACAUGAGAAGGAUAUAUUAUUAUCUAGUACACUUUCCUCACCUUUAAGUCAACAAAGAACACCUCAAAAUUUAAAUCAACCAAUAUUUCCUCCGCGGACAGAUUAUCCUCCCAAUUGGCAACAACACCUACAACAUCCAUUUCCUCUACAAUCUCCAGGGAUGCCGCCUCCACCUUUCUUGAUACCGCCAGGGAUGCCGUCACUUCAAUUUCCUUCUGUGUUUAAUCCAAUGGCAUUUUUACAACAUCCACCACCGCCUGAUAUUGCAAGAAGAAUGGCUUUACAUGCUGCUGCCUCGAAUACUGCAUCCUUACAAUCCGGCCGUCAGUCCGUUGUUACACCUCAUUUAGUGGGUGCACCUAUAUUGCAGCGUCCUCCUAGCCAAAAUUUGAAUCAAACGCCACUACAUCAUCUUCCAAACUCACCAACGAUUCAUAGUCAGCAAGCAAUGCUAGCAAUGGUUCCUGCUUCUCUUCAUCCUCACAUUGAAAAACAAACUAAAAAAUCAAGUUUAGCACUUCCUUCGGGAAAAACGAUUGCUGAUUUUGCUUUGGAUCCAUAUGCUGGGCUUUUAUCUACUAAAGAACGUGAAUGGCUCAUUAAAAUACAUUUGAUUCAAUGUCUAGGCACAGGAGAUCCAAUGACGGAUGACUAUUAUUAUGCGGUUUGGAAGCAAAGAAAUAGUUUGAAAAAAGCACCUGAAACUUGGCAAAAAGAUGCAAGACCACCGAGAUAUUAUUCUUUUGAUGCAACUUUUCCUUCUAGGGACUAUAUUGCACCGUCGUUUGCAGGCGCUCUAGGAAGACCUACUCAUUCAUCUUCUUGUCAACCAAGACAGAUACUUUCAGUUCAUUAUGACGGUGAGGACGAUUCAAUUGCUGAUUUUGCUGGUAAUACAAAACAAACUGCUGCAACUAGACAAAGACGUCUUCGUCUGAUUCUUAUGAAGAUAGAAAAGGCUGCUCUAGCUCUUAUUGAUUGUCGCGAUAUUCGAAGAAAAUUGAGAUUUUUUGAGGAAACAGCUAUAACUGAAUAUAUUGAUAAACAUGAAAUAGUUGAUCGACUUGAACGUUUUGCAGAGAAUAUUUCAUUUAUUAAUACCUGCAUUUUCGUUCCAGACCAAAUACCAAUUGUAAUGCUUAUUCAAAAAGGCCGUCAAUUAGUAUAUGAUUGGUUACAAUUUUUAUGCACAAAAGAUGAAAGGAGACAGCAAGGAGAUAAUGACAAAUUUAUUAAAUAUUUGUGCAUGGUUUUAGAAACGAUGGACAGAUGGGGAAAAAGAAUUUUUGAUGAAGAAUCGGUACAAUCAUUUGCUACAGAUUUUUGCACGCUUUUUACUCAAAUCACAUCAAGAGAUGAACUUUUAUCAAUUCUUCGUUCAACAAAUUUUGGAAAUUCUGUAAUAAAUGAUUCCAGGUUAAUUCAAGCAAUGUUUUUUUCUUCAUUAACUGCUUUGAUUCAAAUUUGUGAUAUUACAAAUUCUACUUUAACAUUACGAGAAAUAGAAAGUAGCUGCAGUAUUUACUUUUUUCUUUUUCUUAUGCCAGCUACUAAUUGUGAAGUUUUGCCUGAAAAUACAAAUAAUCAGUCUUUUUCUGGAGUAAUUAAUUGGAAUUUUAUUAAAUGUUGGUUAAAUGAACAAAAGUUGCAGGGAAAUCGCUUUGUUGAAGGUUCAGUGGCUCAAAAAAUUUGUCAGGCUUGUUAG